AUGCUGGGGGUCGGGCAGGUUCUCUUACUGCGUGUUGUGCGGGAGCGCUGGUCGAGUGCUCGCAACAAGUUUGACCAGAUGGAUGCACGGCCCGUGGUCCCGGAGCCUGUUCUCACGUUGCACCAGCGCACUUAUCGUCUGCGGGCGGUUCUAGUGCACCGCGGAUAUGAUCCUAGAUCCGGCCAUUACCUUUGUGCAGUGCCUUUGGACACGGACAACAACCAGUGGCGAUUCUACAACGACGGCGUCUGUGUGCUUAAAGCACGGCCAGGGGCGGUGCACACCGCCUCUCGCUUGCCCGUGUAUGAGUGCAUCGACUCCGCCGCCAACAUACCGGCUGCACAGCCAACGCCGCCGACGCCACAGGUUUCCGAGGCUGCUGCCGUCGAACCUCCCACGUCUCAAACAGACAAGCAGGACAUGUUGCAUGGAAUGCCGGAGGUGCAGGCACGCAACCUUUACAUGAGUCUUGCGUUAGUUGCUUUCUUCAACGUGGUACAAGCUCCAAUGGCAGCCAUUCCUGUGAACUCCGCGAAUGAGGCGCUCAACAGCGGAGGGUGCGAUGCGCCGCCUUCACAGGCGGGAUGCGUGUGUCAUCUUCUUUCCCCUGCGACUGUACCUCCGUGGGAGCCUGUUGGGAAAUCAGGCGUCCGUUGCUCCCUGCGCAAGUCUGACGGCUACCUGGGAACUGCGUUCUACGAGCGCCGUCACGGCCGGGCUUUGACUAUAUCUGCGUUUAACUUGCUGGCAUGUUUCGGGCUGUCUGCUGCAACACCUGUACAGGAAAUCGACCUGCUGGACUCGGACGUCGAGGCACGGAGUUGGACUGCUACUCCCGGCGAAGUUUGUGCAGAAGCUGCAGUCUAG